CAGCAUAUUUUCCAGAAUUAUCCCUCUAUGUCCUACGACAAUUUUCUUCGGGAAGACGAACACAUAAGAGGAAUCUCUAAAGAGCGCACCGUUUAUUGGCGAAUUGAUUCUCAGCCAUAGGCAUUGUUGACAGUACCAAAAGUAUCACUCCUAUUAUGAUCAUUGAUUAGCAUUCGACGCAAGCUGGAAGAAAGGCGGAAUGAGUUCGGAGACGGAAAAUUCGGAACAAAGCUCACGAGUUCUGGCUAAAUGGCUGAUCGGAGGGUUAGUAAUUGGGGCGUCGGUUAUGGGUUUCCAGAUUUUUCAGCAGAAAAAGAAGAAGAAGAGGCCCAUAAGGGUUUACAUGGAUGGCUGCUUUGAUAUGAUGCAUUACGGCCACUGCAAUGCCCUUCGCCAGGCGCGAGCUCUGGGCGACCAAUUGGUGGUUGGAGUUGUCAGCGAUGCGGAAAUUAUUGCAAACAAAGGCCCUCCGGUUACUCCUCUUAAUGAGAGGAUGAUUAUGGUUAGUGCAGUGAAAUGGGUGGAUGAAGUUAUUUCUGAUGCUCCUUAUGCUAUUACUGAGAAUUUCAUGAGAAAACUAUUUGAUGAGUACAACAUUGAUUAUAUUAUCCAUGGCGACGACCCAUGCAUUCUUCCCGAUGGCUCUGAUGCUUAUGCCCUUGCUAAGAAGGUUGGCCGCUAUAAACAGAUUAAGCGCACUGAAGGGGUGUCAAGCACUGACAUUGUUGGUCGUAUGCUUCUGUGUGUGAGGGAGAGGUCAACUGGUGACAGCCACAAUCACUCAUCCUUGCAACGACAAUUCAGCCAUGGUCACAGCCCGAAAUCUGAAGCUGGUGGCUCUGGAAGUGAAACACGCAUAUCUCAUUUUUUACCUACCUCCCGUAGAAUUGUUCAAUUCUCCAAUGGCAAGGGACCUGGUCCAGAUGCUCGGGUAGUUUAUAUGGAUGGUGCAUUUGAUCUUUUCCAUGCUGGACAUGUGGAGAUACUGAGGCUUGCUCGAGGACUUGGAGACUUUCUACUUGUUGGUAUUCAUACCGAUCAAACUGUCAGUUCAAAAAGGGGAGCUCACCGUCCAAUUAUGAAUCUCCAUGAAAGAAGCUUAAGUGUUUUGGCUUGCCGAUAUGUGGAUGAGGUAAUUAUUGGUGCUCCACUGGGGGUUUCAAAAGAUACGAUAACGACUUUCAAUAUCUCUUUGGUCGUGCAUGGAACUGUCGCUGAGGAUAAUGAUUUUCAGAAGGAGAGGGACAAUCCUUAUGCUGUUCCUAUCAGUAUGGGUAUUUUUGAGCUGUUGGAAAGUCCUUUGGAUAUUACAACUAGCACAAUAAUCAGGAGGAUAGUAUCAAAUCAUGAAGCAUUCCAGAAACGAAAUGAGAAAAAGGGUGAAAGUGAAAGAAGAUAUUAUGAAGAUAAAGCUUUCGUAUCGGGUGAUUAAUUGACUUCAGGAGAUUUGAGAUUUCAGAUGAUUUGGUGACUCAUACUUUUGGUGCUGCGAAGUAUUCUGAAAAUAACCUGUAGAUGGAGAUAUCAUCUCAGCAAAACAAAUUUCUCUAUCUGUAUUUCUCUGGGUUACUUUUUAGAGGUUGUAGAACACUAAGAAGUUAUAAUCAUUGACAUGAUUGUUGACAAUAGCAGAUGAGUUGGGAAAUCACCUCUUUAUAUAUGUUUUUGAAGGCGUGCUUUGAUGUCCUACACUGCAUGUUUAGUAGUACAUUUAUCCUAUUCAAUUUAUAAUAAUGUUGUAGAAAACAGAGAGGAAUAGAAUGACUAUCCAAAAUUUCUCUCAGUGCCACCUGUUUCUGUG